GCGUGUAGUUAAUUCACUACGCUCGCGCCCUCUGGUCUUCGGCCCUGAAUUCUUGCAGUGCAGUGCGUAGAAGAGCAGGAGGUCGAUCUACAAUGGUGGUAAGUUUUCACUCAACUUGAAGCUUGAUAUGCCGAGACGCAGUGGUAAAGUCGUUCGAGGUGACGGUGCAAGACAUGCGGGAGAUUUCCAAGAGGCUCACGGCGGCAUGUGAGAAGGGUCUCGAGAACGAAGAGAAGGCAGUGGUGAAGAUGUUCAUCACGUACGUGCAUUCCCUGCCGGACGGGACAGAGGAGGGUGACUUUCUGGCCCUCGACCUCGGAGGCAGCAAUUUUAGAGUCCUGCAACUGAGUUUGGAACGAGGCGGUAAGAUGACGGCAGAGCCCAAGGUGGAGGAGAUGAGAAUCAGCAAAGAGAAGAAAGAAGGGAAUCAGGAAGAACUGUUUGACUUUAUCGCCGAGAGCAUGUCUGACUUCUUGAAGAAACACGGAAUCACUCGGCGACUGCCUCUCGGGUUCACGUUCUCCUUCCCUGUCGUGCAGACAAGUCUCACGGCUGGCACACUCAAGAAGUGGACCAAGGAUUUCAAGGCGGCUGGGGCAGAAGGGAGAGACGUGACACAGAUGCUUCAAGAGGCAAUAGCCAGACGAAAGAGUGGUGAUGUGAGUGUUGAUGUGGUUGCCCUGCUGAACGACACGACUGGAACACAACUGGCAGUUGGGUUCGAGGACCCCAACUGUCACGUUGGACUCAUCCUCGGGACGGGGACCAACGCCUGCUACAUGGAGAAGACAGCAGCCAUCCCGAAGUUUACGGGCGAUCGCUCCAAGUUCCCCGACGUGAUUGUCAAUUGUGAAUGGGGGGCUUUCGGUGAAGAUGGAUCCAUGGACGACUGGCUGACCGACUAUGACAAGGCAGUCGAGGAAAAAGUGAUAAAUCGCGGUCAGCAGAUAUUUGAGAAGCUGAUAUCGGGCAAGUACCUGGGUUCCGUUACGCACGCCGCUCUGCUGAAACUGACCCGAGACAAGGUUCUGUUUGGAGGCGUCUGCUCUGAAAGGUUUUCAGAACUCGUCAUCGAUCGUUUCGACAGUGCCUUCCUCUCUGUUAUCGAAGGAGAAAAUGGCAUGGAGAAGUGUAAGGAGCUGUUCAAGAAGGAGUUUCCAGAUGGAAGUGUCGGAGUCCGACUGCGAGAUUGUCAGGCGAGUGUGUGAGGCGGUGUCCACCAGGGCAGCUCGACUGGCUGGGGCUGGCAUUGUGACCCUGGUCGAAAAGAUUGGGAAGAUAUCGAGUUGCACCGUCGCUGUGGACGGCUCGCUCUACAAGAAACAUCCAAAGUUCUCGCAGAGGAUGAAGGAUGCCAUGAACGAGCUUGCCCCGGGAAAUGGAAUUGUGAUGAAGCUCUCUACUGAUGGUUCCGGUCGUGGAGCAGCAGUAGUUGCAGCCGUUGCCUGUCGACUGCAGCAGCAAAAUCAGUAGACCCACUUUUUACCUGUUUGGUGUCUGAAUUGAAAUGAGUCGAUCUUGAGCG